GCACAACAAGACGAAUCACAACGCAAGUUGAAACACAAAAGAAAAAUGGGUUCUUCUUUGUGGACUUGUCUGAUUUUGUUAUCACUUGUUUCUGCUUCCUUCGGUGCCAACCCAAGGACACCCAUUGAUGUGCCAUUUGGCCGAAACUAUGUGCCUACUUGGGCCUUUGAUCACAUCAAAUACUUCAAUGGAGGUUCUGAGAUUCAGCUUCAUCUUGAUAAGUACACAGGUACUGGCUUCCAGUCCAAAGGGUCCUACCUGUUUGGUCACUUCAGCAUGUACAUAAAAUUGGUUCCUGGUGAUUCAGCUGGCACAGUCACUGCUUUCUAUUUAUCAUCCACAAAUGCAGAACACGAUGAAAUAGACUUUGAGUUCUUGGGGAAUAGAACUGGGCAACCAUACAUUUUGCAAACAAAUGUGUUCACUGGAGGCAAGGGUGACAGAGAGCAGAGAAUCUACCUCUGGUUUGACCCUACAAGAGAAUACCACAGAUACUCGGUGCUAUGGAACUUGUACCAGAUUGUUUUCUUCGUGGAUGAGUACCCAAUCAGGGUGUUCAAGAACAGCAAAGACUUGGGGGUGAAGUUCCCAUUCAACCAACCAAUGAAGAUCUACAACAGUUUGUGGAAUGCAGAUGACUGGGCCACAAGGGGUGGUUUGGAGAAAACAGACUGGUCCAAAGCCCCAUUCAUAGCCUCCUACAAGGGCUUCCACAUCGAUGGCUGCGAGGCCUCAGUCAACGCCAAGUUCUGCACCACACAAGGCACCAGGUGGUGGGACCAACCAGAGUUUCGUGACCUAGAUGCUUCCCAGUGGGCAAAACUCACCUGGGUCCGCAACAAAUACACCAUCUACAACUACUGCACUGAUCGCAAACGCUACCCUCAGGUUCCUCCAGAGUGCAAAAGAGACCGUGACAUUUAAUCCUUCCUUGUCACUGCCAUAAACUUCCCACCAUACAAAUUUAUUUUCAACUUUAUGUGUCAUCAUUUUAUCAUGCUGUGUUACUGUUUGAGCUAUGCAACAAAACAUGUGCCAUUGGCAAUCAAUGUGCAUGCCUUAAUUUGUGCUGUUAUCUGUAAUUGGAUUUCGUUCUCCAUCAAUAUUAUAUACUAUUGAUACGAACUGUAGCAAGUAUGUAUGUUAUUAUUUUUGUUGUUUUUCUGGCUC